AUUUGAUCAAUAUUUCCUUACUAUCAUGGCCCAAUUCCGCACAACGCAACUCUCGUCUCGCGCAUCUAACGUGAUCCCACUCUUCUGGUUCGUGCGUGCGGACGAACAGCAGACGAAGAGGACCCAAUCAGCACUAAAUGACGUCGUCGACAGAGUAGCCCAGAAAACCUCAGAAUUAAAAAAGAUGUCAAUCGUUGGUAUACCGUGGUUGCGAAACUAUGCACCAUCUAUCACGGAUGUCGUUGCCAUGGCGAGAGGGUUCAACAUGGGCGAGGGCCACGUUCUCGGCAUCGACGCGCAAAGUCUCGUGGACAAAACUCUGUUGGUCCUGCACUGUGUCAAUGGGAAGGCACCAGAGAUUGGGCGUGCAGCUCGCGAGGCAGCAGUCGAGACUUUGCUCAAGGACCAGCUGUACAGAUACACGCUUGCAGAAGCAUUCGACGAACGUCCGUGGAGUGAGAUCCCUGUCCCAGUACAACCUUUGGAGCCAGUAUUCAAGGACGACAACCCGGAAAGUAUCCUUCCACCACAUAUCCCGAUCGGCACGAAAAUCGUCGAAGACCAGGUCACGCUGUUUUCGUUGAUCAAAUUAACGGAUGAAGAGAUCCGUGUACUGAAGCAAGAUAUGGGACAUCCCGCUGACGAGAUCGUUGUCUACAACUGGCCGCACGAAACUCCAGCAUCUCAAGCCCAGGCAUACACCAUUUUCCAAUGUGUGAAGCCAGAGAUACCCAUUCAGGGGGGUCAAACCUUCGUCAUGUUCAUCGAUGCCACUCACACAUCGGGACCACAGCGUGCGCCUGUUGUGGUCGUAGCUUGCGAGUCUGCAUCUACGGCUGUUGGUGAUGGAUCGCGUUCGUCUCACUUGGAGCUGAUACAGUACAAGCACAUCUACCUACACGCCGAGAGAGCACAAGAAGUCAAAGGACUCUGGCGACUGAUUUGGCAUCCGCCAAAUCGAGGCAGCGUCAAUGAUACGAUGGUGAACUAUCCUCUGUUCUAUGGUGCUAAGCAUCGGUUCAACGAUGCCACAGCUUCCCGUGCGACGGACUGGACCGAUCCUGUCGAGCUAUAUCAGAGUAGUUUCAUUUCUAAACCAGGUACCCCAAUCUGCGCAACCGGCCCGGUAUCUCCCGAUUACAUAGUGUACAUCCUCAGCCCGGUGACGCCAGUCGAGCUCCGUUACUUGCGCAAAACCUUCCUCACUCGCGCUGCGGACAUUCCACAAUUUAUAGAGUUGGACAUCGUUCCCAGAAGAACAAGAACCGUGGCCGCUGAAUCAAUAGAGGAGACGCCUGCACCAGACUCAUCUACUCGUCUUGACCCCCUACUAACGUAUUUCGACACCCCAGCCUACCGUGCCAUCGCCGAUCCACCAACAACUUUUGUGUUCCUCGACAACGACGCCCUGGAUAACCUCCUCUCGAGUGUCGACAAAGAUCUCUCUGUCCCGCUCGCUACAAGCCACUACCACUACCACGAGCCAGAUCUCCUGGCAGUUGAAGAGCCGGCAUAUCUGUUCGCGAACAUUGUGAUUGAAGAGGGCCUUGAGUCGACGCUGGCGAACUUGAGUGUCGGCAACAUGUGGUUCUGGGAGUUGGUGGGCUGUUAUGGCGAUGCUCUGAAUGCGGCAUUCUGGCCGGAAUACAGGGGGAGCAUGACGAGGGAGAUGCUGAAUGUCGAUUGGUAG